GCUCUCAGGUAGGAACCAAAUGCCUGGAUCUCACAUGCGGUGUUGUUCUGAUUUUAUUAUUGCAGAAAAAGCAAAGGUAGAGAGGCGGUUUAAAUUGUCAGCGUUAUUCAACGAAUGAGCUAAAAUUACGCCACAUGUGAAUUGCGUAGCUUGGAAAGCCAGAAGAGGUGAAAGGAAUUAUCCCUGUUUUCACUUUAGGUCCUUUAGAAAACUUUCUGGAUCAUCCAGCGAUGCGAUCGAGAAAUAGCAGGAUUUUCUUUCUUUUAACCAACAACCCCAGCUCUAGACCAGGGAAGUCUGUAAAUAGGUUGGAAGCAUGGAAAAUAAUUCUUCACCUUCAGAUCUAAAUACAUAAAAAACCAUCUGGUUGACCACAAUGAAAUCAUUAGGAACUGUCUACUUAAAGAGUUGUAUUGAAUGCUUAUCCUUCCACACAGGAAAUGUGUAUGUGUUCAGAGAGUGAUGAUGCUCCAGUAAUUUUCCCUGCUCCAUUCCCAGGCAUCGCUUUGCUUUCCUUCCAGGGAAGAUUGUUCCGCUUGUGAUCCUGCUGAGGAAAGAGACUCCGAUGGACUUACACCGGGCAGCGUUCAAGAUGGAGAACUCACCCUACCUCCCCAACCCGCUGGCCUCCCCAGCACUGAUGGUUCUCGCCUCCACCGCCGAAGCCAGCCGUGAUGCUUCCAUCCCCUGCCAGCAGCCGAGGCCUUUUGGGGUCCCUGUGUCAGCAGACAAGGACGUGCAUAUUCCCUUUACCAAUGGCUCAUAUACUUUUGCCUCCAUGUAUCACCGGCAAGGUGGAGUGCCGGGCGCAUUUGCAAACCGUGACUUUCCUCCGUCCUUGCUUCACCUCCACCCCCAGUUUGCACCCCCCAACCUGGACUGCACCCCAAUCAGUAUGUUGAACCACAGCGGCGUUGGGGCUUUCCGCCCUUUUGCAUCUACUGAAGACCGGGAGAGCUACCAGUCAGCCUUUACACCGGCCAAGCGCCUGAAAAACUGCCAUGACACUGACUCACCCCAUCUGCGCUUCUCGGACGCUGAUGGGAAGGAGUACGAGUUUGGCACGCAGCUCCCCUCCAGCUCCCCCGGCUCCCUCAAGGUUGACGACACAGGGAAGAAGAUCUUUGCUGUUUCUGGCCUCAUUUCUGACCGGGAGACAUCAUCCAGUCCUGAAGACCGAAGUGACAGAUGCAAAAAGAAAGCGACUUUGUUUGACAGCCAGGCUCCAAUCUGCCCCAUCUGCCAGGUUCUCCUUCGCCCCGGGGAGUUGCAGGAGCACAUGGAGCAGGAGCUGGAGAAGCUCACCCAGCUGAACAUCAGCAAGAGCUCCAUCCUGAAGGAUGCCAUGGCAGCAGGCACCCCCAAGUCAAUUUUGUUGUCUGCCUCGAUCAAGCGGGAAGGAGAUUCUCCGACGGCAUCACCCCACUCCUCAGAUGACAUCCAUCACUCGGACAGAUACCAGACCUUCCUGCGGGUGCGAGCGAACCGGCAGACACGGCUGAACGCUCGGAUUGGAAAAAUGAAACGGAGGAAGCAAGACGAAGGGCAGAGAGAAGGUUCAUGCAUGACUGAGGAUGACUCUGUGGACAUCGAGAACGAGAAUGGCAACCGCUUUGAAGAGUACGAAUGGUGCGGGCAGAAGAGGAUACGGGCUACUACUCUCCUGGAGGGAGGAUUUCGAGGUUCUGGGUUUAUCAUGUGCAGCGGCAAGGAGAAUCCAGACAGUGACGCUGACCUGGAUGUGGAUGGGGACGACACACUCGAAUACGGGAAACCACAGUACACAGAGGCAGACGUUAUCCCUUGCACUGGGGAAGAGCCAGGUGAAGCCAAAGAGAGGGAGGCGCUCCGAGGUGCUGUUUUAAAUGGUGGCACACCCAGCACUCGAAUAACACCGGAGUUUUCCAAAUGGGCAAGUGAUGAAAUGCCCUCAACAAGUAACGGUGAAAGCAGUAAACAGGAGACCAUGCAGAAGACCUGCAAGAACAGUGACAUUGAAAAAAUUACAGAAGACUCUGCAGUGACAACAUUUGAAGCAUUAAAGGCUCGUGUCCGUGAGUUAGAAAGGCAGCUUUCCCGUGGGGACCGCUAUAAAUGUCUCAUUUGCAUGGACUCCUACACAAUGCCCCUGACUUCCAUUCAGUGCUGGCACGUGCACUGUGAAGAAUGCUGGCUGCGGACUCUGGGUGCCAAGAAGCUCUGUCCUCAGUGUAACACCAUCACAUCUCCCGGAGACCUUCGGCGCAUCUACUUAUGAAGGACCCAGCAGGAGGGCAGGACCCGGGUACUCGGCUCAGCUCAUCACACCAAGGGGGAGAAGAACGACGGCAACAAAAAGCAAACAAACAAAGACGUUUUAAAAUGUAAAGGAAAAACCAACAAAGCAGAGACUCCAGAUAUGGACUCGAGGAUACAGGAGCGAUGGGGGAGCCGCGGCUCCCAGGUCCCGCGCGUUGAGACCUCGUUCAGCAGCUGCAGCGGGCAAAACCAAACCCUUUGUUGUGAAGCCCCCUUUUUUAAAACCAGUAUUCCCCAUCCAGCCAUUCCCUGGAGCUGGCUUAGCAUCGCGAUGGCUCGCGAGCCCUCCUUUGGACUGUGUUGUUGACCACUCUGCUCCCAGGAGACUGGGGAAGGGACCCUUGACAGGAAGAUGUUAAAUAACCUGUAACUUGUGUUCUUUGUUCAGCUUUUUGGGUUUGUUUUUAUUUGUUUCGGUUUGGUUUUCGGGUUGGUUCUGUUUUGGUUUUUUGUGGUGUUCUAGUGAGAAAAAAGGUUUAAACUAAAAAAAAAAACCAUACCCAGGCAGAAAUGAAGCACAUGUAAUAUAGAUUAUAUAUGUUUACAAUGUUGUGUAUAAAUGGGAUAGACUCAAACAUUACAUACUAAUAAGUUUCCCUUUCUUUUUUUUGGGUUGUAUUUUUUUUAAAGAAGAAAAAAAAAUGAGCAGAGAACAUUAAACCCAUAUUUUUCUUGGUUCAGCAAAGUUUUGGCAUUAAAGUCAUUAGUUUAAAAAAAGUAUAUAUAUACAUAUAUAUAAUAUAAAUGGUUUAAUGUUCUGUGGUGUAUAUUUCCUCAUUCAGAUAUGAAGUUAACAGCUUUUAGUAAUGGCUGUAGCAUUGCCCAUAACUUACAGAACUUAUGGGGAGUAGAGGAGGUGGAUUUUUGUCAUUAGUUGUAGCUAAUGGGGCUAUUUAUAAUAGAAUCGUUAUCCCUGGAAAGACACGGCUUUUAACUCCUCGCCAGGGGGACCAGGCGGGGCGGGGGGAUCUGCCGCAGCCCCCUUUGCCUCUCCCAGCUGGGGAAGGGGCAAUCGGUGCGGAGCUGGAGGGCGGCAGCUGGACGGAGUUGCUGUCAGCCCAGCUCGAGGGACCGGCUGGGCCCCUCCUGCUUCCUCCAAAGGCGCAGCCCCUGCCUUGCUUUGCUUUGCCUUGCUUUGCUUUGCUUUGCUUUGCUUUGCUUUCCUCCCUCCAGGCAGCAGUUGCUGGCCGAGGACACCUGAGCUGCUCCCGCUGCGGGCCGGGUGGCAGGAAGCAGCGGCACAGGGAGCAAUGGCAGGGGACGGCGUGUCCCUGCUGGUGGCUUUGCCCGGUUGGGCUCGGAUGGUUCCCUGUGCCAGCCCUGCCCUGCGCUGGCUUCCCGGAGCCCACGCUUUGCAAAAGGGGUUUUGGCGCUAGGGCAGAGCCAGCCAGCCCUGUGUCGUCCCCACAGCCACCCCCAGGGAUGCCCGCAGGAUGCGGUGAGCGGAGAUGCUUCUAUCCAGAGCCAGAGGUUCCCCGCUGCCCCAGCUUCUUCCACGCGGUCCCUCAUGCUUGUCUCUGUCUUCUAUAUCCUCAGUCUUAACCAAAGCUGCCAUCUGGCCUGUUUUUUUUAUUGUUUGUUUAUUUUCAGGACCCAAGAAACAAAUGCUGAUCCAUUUCCCAAGGUGAGCGCGCACCCCAUGUCCUGAGUUCUCCAAGCCCCAAACUGUGCAGCCCUGCCCCAGCUCCCCAAAACCAGAGAACAGGGAGAUGGGGAAGCUCAUCUCCUCUUGUUCCCACAGGGUCAUUCCAGGCAGAUCCCACCUCACAGCACAACGCGGCUGGGGCAUUUUAAGACAAUCUGGAAACAGCAGUGGAUGAGGGGUUUGGAGCUGGGACUCCAGCAACCCUGGGUUGCUGGGGCGUCACUGGAGAGGGCAGGGCUGGGGCGGCAGGAUGCCUCAGGAGUGACAGUCCCACCACCACCUCUCUGCCCUGAGCUUGAUGCUGUUUUGCAGCAAGCAGCUGCUGCCCUUGGCGUCUCUGGUGAUUUCAGAGGGAUCCCACUGCGCCUAAACAAACAUCGAAGGAGCUGUAUUUCGUAAACAUGUCGGAAAAAGGCAGCAAUUCUUACCUGUGAGUUUCCUGGGUCUCCAAGUUCUCAGCAGCGUGGUGCCCUCUGACAGGGGAGAGCUGCACCCCCCUGCUCGGGCCACAUCCCUGCAGAGCUCCUGGGGACCAGAGGAAGCUGAGGCGCCCCAGGAGGGUCCUGUCUCCCCAGGGAUGGGAAGGGGCUGCAGCAAUGGGCUGUCAGCGCUGGGUCUCCCUGCGGCCGGGCACCGCCGGGGCAGGGGAAGGGCCGCACGUAGAGCUUGGCGCUGGGUUUGGAAAGGGGGAGAACUGGGAGGCGGUGGGGGGGACAUGGCUGGGCCGCCUGGGUGUCAGCUCUGGGAUCUCAGUGGAUUUGGAGAGGGUGCAGCGGGCGGCUCUGAGAUGCAGCCAGGAGGGGGAGCGGGCAGGACCCCCCACCCCAGCCCUUCCUUGGAAAUAGGCCCAGGAGGGAGCCGGGUUUCUGGUGGGUGUUGUGGACCAGCCACGUGCUCUGUUUACCUGUGUGUAAAACGAUAUGUAACUACUCAUUGGUUCUUUGUUUUGGGGUUUAUGUUCCGUUUAGUUUAAUUGUAAAGCCAUCCCCUGUUUUCAAGGCGGAGGCUGCAGGGGGAAGGCUGGGGAGAGAGGCAUCCCGGGCUGUAACACACAUCUGGCGCUUCCCCUCCUCUGUAACGAGUUUAAAUGAUUUAAAAAAGAAAAAAAAGGGAAAAAAAAAAAGGAAAAAAAAAAGGAAAAAAAAUAGAA